AUGUUGACGUAUGACGAACAUGCGCACGAGACCGAACCCGAACCCGAACCCGAACCCGAACCGGAGUCGACUCUGUUGUCCGUGUGCCAAUGUGCCAACUUCACAGACCCGCUCAAACCUACGAACCAAUCGAUAACGACGUUGUCGCCUAACCGGAUUGGUUGCCGGUCUACUGAUUGGCGACCGUUCAAAACGGUGUAA